AUGCACACGAAUACUGAAUCGCAUGACGAGGAGGAUAGUCGCCAUGGUUGUCGUUCAAGAAUGCGACCGUUGUCACAAUCCUGGUAUUACUGGGCAAUGGUCGCCUUACUACUUGCUCAGGUUUUUUUAUCGAUCAACUACCAUAUAUUAAUCUGUAAUAUGCCUAUUGCAAAUACUCUUUUAUUACUAGUCAUCAUGGCUCAUCAUGGAUACGCAUUAGGUGACCAAGCUCGACCACUUUUUCAUCGAAUAUGCGGUUGUGUGGCAUUUAUUGCUGUACUAUUUGUGAAUACGACUCAUGCUCUAGAAUUACUAACUGAUUACGCUGAAAAUGGUAAUCAUUCUCAUUCACAUGGGGAUCAUGACCAUGAUCACGAGAAGCAUGGAUACGGUUUUGUUCCCAAACAGUAUGUUAUUGUUAGCAUAUUCGAUGUUGCACUCAAAUGUCUCGUUUUGGCUCUGGGCCAUAUUCCAUCAAUGGGUCUACGCCCUAUUCCUCGUUUAGCACUGCAUACUCUUAGUCCUACUGUGGUAAUUGGAAUGUAUAUAGCUGGAAUGGCCAUACCACCAUCGAUUGGUGAUUCAUGGUUGUGGGAACAUGUGGAUCCAAUUGUUGCCGUGAUUAUGACAAUACUAUUUUUCUUACUCAUAAUACCAGCUUUCCAAGAGAUGAUGCCUUACAUUUUUGCUGACACUCCAGCUAAGUUUCACGUGGAAUCGUUUCAGAAUGAGAUUUCAGCUACGGUGGAUAAAUCGAAUCCGAGCUGGUCGGGCGAAGCUGCUACACGAUAUUCUGAAGUUCGUCAGAAUGUAGCAAGCGUCUUGACGAGGGCUGGUGCUCAAAAGGUGAUUUAA